GAUUGGCUGAGAGCUUCGCUUCUGGCUGCGUGUCUCUGAAGCCGAGAGUUUGAUUUCUCUGAUGAAAUCUUCCGCAAAAUUACAUGGGCUUUUCCUCUUUUGAAUCACAAUGUCAGCUAAACUGUUAACUGCACAUAGUAAUGUUUUCAAAUGUUUGCUAACUGUCGCGGGCUUCCACCCACGGGCUUUUAGCACGGGGACAGCUGCCUUCGGUUCUGUCAAGUUAAAAGGCCGGAGCUGUCUGACUUUAAAGGAUUUUGGUCCCGAUGAAAUCAAGAAGAUGUUGUGGGUGUCAGCAGACGUCAAACACCGCAUCAAACAAAACAAUGAGAAUCUUCCUCUUCUGCAAGGCAAGUCCAUUGCAAUGAUAUUUGAGAAGAGGAGCACCAGGACCAGAAUGUCCACAGAAACAGGUUUUGCUUUGCUGGGAGGGCAUCCUUGUUUCCUAACAUCCCAAGACAUUCACCUUGGAGUAAAUGAAAGCUCUACAGACACAGCCAGGGUGCUCUCAGGCCUCUGUGACAUUGUCCUGGCCCGAGUCUACAGUCACUCCACACUGGAGGACCUGGCUAAAGAGGCCUCAAUCCCCAUCAUUAACGGUCUGUCCGACAUGUACCACCCCAUUCAGAUUUUAGCAGAUUUCCUCACUCUGCAGGAGCAUUACGGGUCUUUAAAUGGACUCACAGUCAGUUGGAUCGGAGAUGGGAACAAUGUGCUUCACUCUUUCAUGAUGACCGCAGCCAAACUAGGUGUUCACCUAAAGAUUUCUACACCAAAGGGUUAUGAACCUGAAAAGAGUGUGAUUCAGGAGGCACAGAGACUCUCUGAAAAGUAUGGGACCCAGUUAGUCCUGACAACAGAUCCAAUGGAGGCGGCACAUGAGAGCAAUGUGUUGGUAACAGACACCUGGGUCAGCAUGGGACAAGAGGAAGAGAAGAAAAAGAGACUGAAGGAUUUUGAAGGUUACCAAAUCACUAUGCAGACUGGAAGUGUGGCCAGACCAGACUGGACUUUCCUUCACUGUCUCCCGAGGAAAUCUGAAGAGGUGGAUGACCAAGUGUUCUAUUCGUCCCGCUCUCUGGUGUUCCCUGAAGCUGAGAACAGAAAGUGGACUAUUAUGGGUCUAAUGGUGUCACUUCUGACUGACUACUCUCCAAAAAUGCCAAUGAUGAAAUUUUGAGCUUGUGACUUCUUUAUGCUUUUACAUUUUCAUAACAUAACCACUAAAGAUGACUGUCAUGCCUAAGUAUUAUUAGAUGAACUUAGGAUUGGGAUGUUAACUGAAUUUUAAUCAAGAUCCAGAUUCAGUCAUGUCUAAUUAUUAAUGAUAAUGAUGAAAAGCGUGUAGUCUGGAGCAGAGUUCAGACUUUGGAGGAAGAAAUAAGGCUAAGGUUUUGUGUAAAAUGGCAACGGAUUAAAGUCUGUAUUGUUUAUGUUCAUAGAAUCAAUAUUGAAAGCCAUUUUGAUUUUUGCUUUUCAAAAUAAACAUAAACUGGAAAUCAAGAUC